CCUUACUGUAAUCCACGUUAUUCAGCCCUCCGCAACAAUCCAGCACGGGCUUUCUCUUGUCGGCAACGCCGCUCAUACACACACCACGGUAGAAAGACUGACUGAGAACGUGAAUGCUUUAUAUGUGCUGAUAGCAACGCAUUUCAGAAUAACUGACCCAAAUGUAUGACAACAUCUUAACCAAGAUUAGUACUAGAACAGAUACGACAGCCCAACUCUAACCUACUGAAGCCGACAGCGCGGUGUUUUCUGGGUAACGCGGUUCAAAGGUCAUCAACAUUGAGCAACGACAGACAGAACCGCGAGACACAACCAGGGAUCAUCUGGCCAGAGCUCAAUGACUAACCACAGGGGAUCUCAUUAGGACGACCUCUGGCUUUGAGCAAGACAGUGAGCCAGAGCUGCCAGGAGAUGUCAUCGAGCCCCUCCCAACUGCACCAAGCACCAGAUAUGCUGCUCCAAAAGGACCCAAUGACAUUUCAAGGUCCAGAGAAGAGGGUCCUGUACAGCCAUGUUUGAAAACCUUUCCCAGAACUCAGCAUGGUACUACUAGGAAAAGGGCUUUCAACAGCUCCUGGUAUAAGGACAAUUCAUGGCUUGAAUAUUCUGUAAAUCAAGAUUCGACUUAUUGUUUUGUCUGUAGGCAUUUUUCUCUGCCCAAUACACCUGAAUCUGCCUUCACAUCAGUCAGGUUUUUGUAACUGGCACUGUUUAAAGAUUCUGGGUUUAAGCUCCAUUCCAAGGCAGAGCAUCAUAUCAAUGCUAUGUGUGCUUGGAAUCAGCAUAAAAUGGUGAUUGACAGCAGCUCAUCAAUGUUAGAUGUCAUAAAUGAGGACUUGAAAAAGAAAGUGGAGGAAAAUUGUACUUACAUUAAAACAAUUGCAGAUGUGCUCCUAUUAACUGCCACUCAAAAUAUAGCGCAGACAGGUCAUCGAGAGUCUGAUGACUCUCACAACAAGGGUCAUUUUUUGACAAUCUUAGAAGAAAUAGCAAAGCAUGACCCUCUCAAAGAGAAAAAGAUGAAUGCAUGUGGCAAUGCUACACAAGCCACCAAAUCCAGAAGGAAGUUCUUGAGGGCAGAGCUGAGAUGGUACAAAGUGAACUAAUAAGAGAAGUAAAAGAAAGUGAAGUUUUUAGUGGAAUUGCAGAUGAAACCAAAGAUUUAAAGAAAAAACAACUAAUGUCUUUAGUUGUGAUGUACUAUUACAAAGGGGCCAUCCAUGAAACCUUUUUACACUUUCAGUCAGCUGAAAGCUUAGAUGCAGCAGGUCUCACACAAAUGAUCAUUUAUUGCCUUGAAAGACAUGGUCUGAACUACAGAAAUAAUCUUGUGGGGCAAGGCUAUGACGGUGCAUCCGUCAUGAGCGGAAAGCAUUCUGGUGUGUCUGCACGGAUUAAAAACAGUGCAAGAUUUGCAUUUUAUGUGCACUAUAAUGCACAGUGUUUGAAUUUAGUUCUUGUCAAUGCUGUAAAAUCAGUGCCUGAGGCAGUUAACUGUUUUGCUCUCCUGCAGAAGCUUUAUAACUUUGUAUCUGGCUCGUACGUUCAUCUCAAGUGGCUUGCAGUUCAGAAAGAGCUGUAUCCACAGCAGCAGUCCAGGGAACUACAGAGACUUACGGAUGUAAGGUGGGCAUGCAGAUACACGGCAUGCCGUAAUCUGAGGGACAGACUUCCAGCAGUUCUGAGAGUGCUACAGAAUAUCACACUUGAACAUAGUGGUGAUAGAUCAGUGGAGGCAAGGGGCCUUUCUCAGAUAGAUUUACAUUUCAUAGGGCUUUUGGUAACAUUUUGUGAAGUGCUUGGUGAUGCCAAAUGUCUUUCUGACAUGCUCCAAUCAAGCUCUCUUGACCUAGCAAGGGCUGUGGAUCUAGUAGGUACCCUUACGGACACAUUACAGGACUACAGAGGUGAGGGUUACUUUGGAGAACUAUGGAAAGAGGUUGAAGAAAUUGCAGAGCACUGCAAAAUAUGUGUACAAACUGUGUAAAAGACAGCCUAAAACAAGCUUAAGAUUUCACGACUCAUUGAUGAUGAACACUGUAGGACAGAAAAAUAGUGACCAAAGUGAUGGUGAGAGCUUCCAAAGAGCUAUCUUUUAUCAGGUGCUUGACAGUCUCACGGCUGAGCUGCAGAGGCGUUUUUUCAAAGAAGAAUUGCGAGAUAAUGCAAUGGGUCCAGUCUCUCAACCCAAAGAGUACAACAUUCUUGAAUGAGGAGCUUUGCUUAGACCUUUGAGUCAGAUUUAGAGGACCUCAAGCAUGAGGUUCAUCAAACCAAGUGGCUUCUUGAUAGGAGAGAGAAAAGUGGAAGGGACAGACUGUCUACUGUCCUUGACUUUGUUGUGUUUCUAGAACCUUAUAAAGAUGUUAUCCAUGAGCUAUUUCGACUUUGUAAGAUUUCUGUUGUUACACCAGUCAGCAGUGCUUCUUGCGAGAGAAGCUUCUCAACUUUAAAACUGAUUAAAACCCACCUUAGGACAACAAUGGUUGAUGACAGGUUAAGUCACCUCGGAAUUCUCAGUGUUGAGUCAAGGAGGGCACGCUCACUCAACAUGGAUCAGUUUGUGAAACAUUUUGCUAGUUCUCACCAGAACCGCAUAAUUAUACAGUUUUAAAUAUACCUUGUAUAAUUUGGCACUUAGGCGGUCCCUGUGGUCAUGAUUAAAACCUGCACUGUGUACUAGCUAGUACACUGACAUUCUAAAACGAUAAAUCCAAAUGGUAUCAUGUCACACAGAUUUAAUUGAUUAGGCCAAUUCCAAAACGUUUCUUUACUAUUAGUUAACAUAAUAUAUAUGAGCAUAAAUAUGAUACUGUAAGUUUGUAAUAUUGAUGGGCACCAAAAUAUUUUAUAUUUUUUAAGUUUUUUAAGUUUAAUUUAUGUAAUACACAAAUGCUAUCUUAUCUCCUUGGUGCUUGAGCUUUAUU